UGUCGGCUACACUGACGAAUACAACCCAGACUUCCCCUUGAGCUCGUGCGCAAUAGCCUGUUGACGACGUUUGACAAGUUUAAGAAAUUGAGAGAAUUUCAGUUUUUAACCGGAGAAUUAAGCUAUGUUCAGGAAUGGUAAAAUCACGGAUUUUCUUCUAAAUUAAAUGAUCAGUGGAAUCUUCUCAAUCAACAGACGUGACUUAAUAGUAAACCAGGAUGGACACAUCAUCCCUCAGGAUUGUCCUGUUGGGCAAGUCAGGAGCUGGGAAAAGUUUAUCAGGAAACACCAUCCUGGGAAGGUCAGCUUUUGAAUCAAAAUUAAGCUUCAAGGCUGUGACAAAAACAUGUACAGAGCAGACUGAUAAAGUCUCUGGAAGACAAAUCUGGGUGGUCGACACACCAGGAAUUACCAGUACUGAAGAAGAGCAAAUUGAAGAAGAGCAAAUUAAAUCAGAGUGUCAACAUGCCCUUGAAUCAUCCAUUCCCUGUCUGUUUCUGGUAGUACUCAAGGUAGACAGGUUCACCGAGGAGGAUCAGAAAAUAGUGAAGAAAAUUGAGAAGAUCUUGGGUGAUAAAGGAAUAGACAAGAGUUACAUUCUGUUCACAAAUGGUGAUGCUCUCAAAGGCAUGAAAAUAGAGGAUUUCAUUUUUGAAGAUGAAGAGGGUGUGCUCCCAAAAGUUGUUCGGAGAUUUGGUGCAAAAUACCAUGUGUUCAACAAUGACACUGGAAGUCAAGAUCAGGUUGAGGAGCUUCUGACCAAGUCGGGAUACCUGACAUCGAGUGUCCCAGAAAACACAGAAGACAGAAGAAUCGUGUUGCUGGGUAGAAGUGGAGUUGGGAAGAGUGCAUCAGGGAACACCAUUCUGGAUCUGAGAAGGUCUGAACAGUUUAAGUCUGACUGUUGCUUUGGCUCCGUAACCACACAUAGUGAGGCCAAAACAGCACCGGUAGCAGGAAGGGAAGUGACUGUGAUAGAUACACCUGGUCUUUCUGAUGAGAGACACUCUGCUGAGCAUUUAUUUGAUGAGAUGAUGAAGGGUUUUUUGCUCUCUGCACAAGGGCCACAUGCCUUUGUCUUUGUGUUUGAGAUUGGGAGGGUAACAAGCAAUGAUGCUGACAUGCUUCGUCUACUUGAAAAGCUAUUUAAUGCUGAUGCUAUGAAAUAUGCAAUGGUUCUUUUCACUCAUGGUGAUAAACUCAAAAACCAACCAAUCGAAGGAAAAAUACAGGCAAACGAGGAUCUAAAACAAAUGGUUGAGAUGUGUGGUGGCAGGUACUGUGUCUUUAACAAUGAAGCUGCGACCAACAAACAGCAGGUCAGGAAUCUACUAGAGAGAAUAGAUGAGAUGGUAGCAGAAAACAAUGGCGAAUGUUACAGCUCUGAGCUGUUCAAAAUGACAAACAAUUUAAUGCAAGAGAAUGCAAUUCGGAGACGAAUAAGAGAUAGGCCUACACCAACAGAUACGCAGCCACAUGACAGCAACAGGACAUCAGCUAGAUCCAACAAUGACCCAACACCUGAUCAAGAAGAUCUAGGAUGGGUCUUGUCAAUGAUUAGGAGGUACUUGCCAUGGUUAUGGAAGGUCUUAUUUUUUUUAAAAUCAUUUUGUGCAAACCAGUCCCCAGAAAGGGAAGGCCGACUGGCAAUGCAUGCUAUGAGCUGUUAGCUGCAAGAAUACCACCCACUAGUUUCUAAAAGACAUUAAGGCAGAUUAUGUCACUAAGGGCUCGAUUCAAUCCGUAGCGCCAAUUUGAGCCGACAUACAGCGUUUACAGUGAACUCAGUCUUCGUAAACAUUCCCUUUAAAAUUCAAUUUUUAUAGUGCUGAACUUUGGCAAUACGGAUUGAAUUGAGCCCUAAGGCUGGAUUUCAAUCAAAGACACUUGUUAUCAAGUUUACUGUACAUGCGGAUUGCCUCUAAUCCGCUUGUCGUCCCCUUAUGCCAUAGUUUGUACAUCUCAAUUGUCAUUCGAAACCACAUUUGUUUAAGCAAGUCAGCCAUAUCAGCUAUGUUUUUUUUAAAGAUAGUAAAUGAGGCUGAAUGAACUGUUUUGGUGCCAGACAAGGCUCCGCUGAUAGUCAGGUGUAGCAGUGGUGGACUGCUGCAGGGACAGCUUUAUGGAGGCCCGUUUUAGUGCAAUUAAUAUAUUGUUUAGUGUUGAGUUGUGUAGUGGCUUUGUUGGCAUGCAUCCCGCAUUUUUUUUCUUGCCCUACCAAGAUUUACAUGCUAAAAUCACCACUGCGCAAGAUCAACCAGUAUCAGAUCUACUAUUGUUGGACUACCGACCUAUGUUGGUCUCCCUCUGUUUUCCGUGGCCUUUCUCCGCUGGAGAUCUGUUGGCGGAUUUGAUUGUCUGACUGACCGACUGACUCCAACUUUUUUGCAUAUGGUAUUUCAUUUGUUUUAGUGUGAUUUAUACUGUGUUGGAUUAUGUGUUCAGUUGUAUUUGAAGAUUACUGAGAUAUCCGAUACUCUUUAUUGUUUGUGGAGCUGGAGUUUAUUGCAAUCUUAUUGUGCUGAUUGAGACCGGUUUCAUGCAUCACAUGCUUGACUUGGGUUCGCUGCACUGAUUUACCGGGCUGAAUUUUUUUUAAAUCCCGGGCUGGAUUUUUAUUUUAUUUUUAGGUAUGGGACACUUACCAGUGAACCAAGGUUGUUAUUAUUUUUGGGCUGUUGUUGUUAUUAUAUUGAUUGUGUGAUUAUUGUGAUAAUACAACAAACGCAAAAGAACAGUGGUUUUGAAGUUAUUUCCAAUGUUUUAAAGGUUUAUGAAAAUUG